AUUUCUUGCAGUCUUUCUCAUUCGGAAUAGUGAUUCUCUAUUCUCAGGUUCAUUUGAUUAGGAAUACACAUUGAUUGGCAGCAUGCGGAAGUCAGAUGAUGAGAAGAUUUUAAGCUACAAUGAUGUUGUACUUAGGCAAUCAGACCUGGGCAUUCUAAGUGGUCCUCACUUUCUGAAUGAUCGAAUCAUCGAGUUUUAUUUCAGUUAUCUUUCUUCUUGCCAUUCACAGGACAUUCUACUGGUUCCACCUUCAAUUGCUUUUUGGUUGAUGAACUGUCCAGAUGCUACAAGUCUCAAGGAUUUCAUAGAGCCCCUUAAAUUGCAUGAGAAGAAACUUGUGAUUUUUCCGGUUAACGACAAUGAUGAUGUGAGCAUUGCUGAAGGUGGAAGUCACUGGAGCUUACUAGCAUACGAGAGAAAUGCUAAUGUGUUUGUGCAUCAUGAUAGCAAUCAUGGGAUGAAUAAAAUGCGAGGGAAGCAACUUUUUAAGGCUGUUGUUGGAUUCAUUGGCGAUUCCACUUCAGUAUCUACUGCCAAGUAUCUGGAAUGCAGUGAUUCGCCGCAGCAAACAAAUGGUUUUGACUGUGGUGUAUAUGUUACUGCCAUUGCAAGAGUUUUAUGUUGCUGGUAUGACAGUAGCGAACACAAAGAUAAAGAUGAUAUGUGGUUUUCUUCUGUGAAGGAGCGGAUCACUCCAUCUGCUGUUGCUGAGACUCGAAAAGAGAUUCUACAGUUGAUUAAAGACCUUAUGGCAAGGAAAUAA